AUGGCGGAACAUGCAAAGCGGAAGGAGGUAAACGCGAUUAAUUUAGCAAAUAUUAUAGGGGAAAAAAGUGAACAAAGUACGAAAAUGGUCAUUCUCAUGAAUGAUAAGCUUCAUGUUUGCUUUAAUGGGAAGGCUAACUUUAAGUGUGACAGAACCCUAUCUCAGUGCUCAAUCCAUGUGGGUACCUUUCCAAUAUCAUCAUUCACUAAUAGUAUAAACUUCAAACGGUUUCCUUCACCUUCAUAUGACGAACCACCACUGGUGUUCAGCACGACAACCGUAAAGAUGAUUUACGCACCAUUUUCCAAGCUGAGACAAGAUAACCCUUGUGACAAGAUAACCAUCCAUGAUAUGUUGCUCCCUCUGAUCUUGGUGCCAACAGUGAAUCAUAUCAAAACACACUUAAGCCUAAAGCUUCUCAAGACAUCCGAUUCUUACUAA